UUAUAGACCAAUCACAUGAAUCCAUUCCUUGGCCCCUUGCACGCCGAUUCUUGUACUCCAUUGCAGCAAGCCAUCCAUUUACUAUGUAGUAUGUAUGUAGAUACAUACAUCCAAUACUAGUAGUAACUACAUCAAUCAAAUACAUACAGUAGCAGGCAUUGACUUUACUUUCCCCCCAAAUGUUCAUGUCCCUCUUCUCUCUUUCCCCCCCAACCAAGUUCGUUUUUGAUAAUCCCUGGACCCUCUCUGGUUCUUUCUCUCCCUUCUCCCCCAUCCCGCCUUUCCCUGCUUUUCUCUCGCUGCCCUUUUUUUAUUUUUAUUUUUAAUUCUCCACCCUGCAACUCACCACUCCACUAUCCUAUCGAUUUCCACACCACACUAUUACACUAUUACACUACUACACUACUACACUACUACUACUACUACUACUACUACCACAGUCUUCCCGAGCGAGUCCUUAUCCCUAAAAGGCCUACAGAUAUUGGUAUCUCAUUCAAUGGGAUACCACAACUUUCCUCAUCAUCGAUCCCUUCCAUCAAACAGAUAUCCGCGAAUCCUUAAUUAAUAGCGCUGGUUUGACGGCGAGACACCUUCACCAUGGCUAUCGCCAUGGGCUGGCAUAAACCCGAUAAUGUCGCCGGUUCUUCCGCCCCGGCCAUUAUGGUCGGCCUGUUCGUGGCAACUGGUGGUCUUCUAUUUGGAUACGAUACUGGGACGAUAAAUGGCAUCCUCGCUAUGGGUUCGUUUAAGGAUCAAUUCAAUACCGGCUACGAGUCCAGUAGCGGCAACAAGACCCUUUCUCCUUCGCAGAUUUCUAUUAUCGUCGCCAUAUUAAGUGCCGGAACUGUCGUUGGCGCACUCUUUGCCGCCCCUCUAGGUGACUGGUUAGGUCGUCGGAUAUCGAUUAUUGGUUCGGUCUGUGUCUUUUGUUUCGGUGUCAUAUUUCAGGUCUGCGCCGAUGCCAUUCCGAUGUUAUUAGCUGGCAGAUUCUUUGCCGGUGUUGGUGUAGGUUCCGUCUCCGUUCUCGUCCCGUUAUAUCAAUCCGAGAUGGCCCCAAAAUGGAUUCGCGGCACAUUGGUAUGCGCAUAUCAACUUUCGAUUACCUUUGGACUCUUGGCGGCGUCCAUUGUCAACCUCAUAACCCAGAGCAUGGAAGGCCCGGCUGCUUAUCGAAUUCCCAUGGGCUUACAGCUUACCUGGGCCUGCGUGCUUUGUCUUGGUCUCCUCGUCUUACCCGAAACUCCUCGAUUCCUCAUUAAGCAAGGCAAUAAGGAUGCCGCUGGUCUAGCCCUUAGCCGUCUUCGCCGUCUCGAUGUCACCCAUCCCGCCCUGAUGGAAGAACUCGCCGAAAUCGAAGCGAAUCACGAAUACGAACUUGCCCUCGGCACCGCAUCGUAUCGCGACCUUUUUGUUGGGACACCUCACCUCGGCCGACGUACGUUGACUGGUUGCGGUCUUCAAAUGCUGCAACAACUAACAGGAAUCAACUUCAUCAUGUACUACGGAACCACCUUCUUCACCACCGCCGGUGUCUCGGAUCCUUUCCUGAUCUCCCUCGUCAUGAAUGUGAUCAAUGUAGUCUCCACGAUUCCCGGAUUAUUCGUAGUGGAAACCUGGGGCCGCCGGAAAUUACUGAUGGUGGGCGCGAUCGGCAUGGCAGCAUGCCAACUAGUUAUCGCAGUGUUCUCUACGAUUGCAAAUGAUGCUCCGAGCUCCCUAGUGGCCAAACUUCUUAUCGUUUUUGUUUCCCUAUUCGUCUUCUUUUACGCAGCUUCGUGGGGCCCGGUCGCCUGGGUUGUUACCUCGGAAAUAUAUCCUCUCAAGAUUCGCGCGAAGUCGAUGUCAGUCUCGACGGCAUCCAAUUGGUUACUGAAUUUUGGAAUCGCCUACGGUACUCCUUUUAUGGUAGAGGAAGGAACGGGUUAUGCUGCUAUGGGGGCCAAGGUCUUUUAUGUCUGGGGUGCUUUCUGUGUCCUUGCCGCCAUAUUUGUGUAUGGCAUGAUUUACGAGACUAGCAAGAUCAGUCUGGAGCAGAUUGAUGAGAUGUACGAGCGCGUUGCUUUUGCGUGGAAGAGCAAGAACUUCGAACCGAGUUGGAGUUUCCAACAAUUACGCGACGACGGAUUUGCCGAUAGUGGAAUACCACCACCCGAACACGAAUUGUCAGCCUCCCGAACCACCACGACGACUACCGAAAGUAUACAAACGAUACAUACAGACUCGAACACCAACGAGAGCCAAUCCGAAGAGGAUAAGAUAAUACACCAAAUGGGCAUGGGAAAUGUUGAUUUUAGUUACUAAACCCUGUUCCAUUCUUAUCCACCUUUUCACGAUACGACUACAUAUCACGACUGUCUACUACCUCUUGCCGGAAGAAGAGAGAAAAAAAGAGGUGCCAGGGUUUUGCUGUUUAUUCUUUUGGAGUCAUCUUGGAUAUAUAUCAGCGUAGGAGUUCAAUGCGGCGACGGAGUUUUACGGCAAUUGGAAAUUAUUCGGGAACUAGCAGUGGGAAUGCUCUUCGCAAUUGGAAUUGUUAUAUUUGGGGAACAUAGGCGGGGUUUCAAGGUCUCGGCGGCAACAACCACGGACGGCUUUAUCUUGAGAUUUAAGGCAUGUGUGUGAAAUGGCUUGGAGGGAACAAUCUACCGGUUCAAGGAAAUAUUACUGGAUGAGAGAUUUACCAUGAUGUUCCCCUUUCGAGAAAAAGGGGCUACGAAGCAUCGCUAUUACCACGGGACCUACCUACUAUAUACUAGGUCGUCCUUAUUAACCCAUCAGUUCUGCUAUCUACCUAGUAUUGUGGGCUCGGUUCGCGCUGACUGCCUACACUGGUGUUGUAGACUCGGCUGUCUGCAGGUUUACACUAGACUACGCAUCAUUAGCCUACAUAUGUAGCUCUCCAUGUGUACCAUGAUUUUGGAAUAUAUAGGUAUCGAGCGAGCGAGGAAGCGAGAAAGAAGCAAGCAGGCAAGCGGGCGAAUUGAUCUGUUGCUGCCUAGCGAAAUGAAAAAAAAGUCAAAUGUUCAAA